CCGGAGCUGCCGAGGGGCGCCAAGGGGCAGCGCGGCGCGAUGAUCAACCCCAACUAUUACCCGUGGGGCUACGACGACGACAACGGACCAGAUCAAUGGCACAAAAAUUACCCUACUGCCAAAGGACGCCAUCAGUCCCCCAUUGAGAUCAAUAACAAAGAAGUGCACUAUGACCGCUCCCUGCUGCCCUGGUUUGCUAGUUACGAUCCUGGUGCAGCGAAGACCAUCCUCAAUAAUGGGAAAACCUGCAGAGUUGUGUUUGAUGAUUCUUUUGAUAGAUCAGUGUUGAGAGGUGGGCCACUUCAGGGUGUCUACCGGCUGCGUCAGCUUCACUUUCACUGGGGUUCAUCUGAUGACCAUGGCUCUGAGCAUGUUGUGAAUGGAGUGAGAUAUGCAGGAGAGCUACAUUUGUUACACUGGAAUCCAAAAUACAGUAAUUACCUUGAUGCUGUGAGAAGAACAGAUGGUAUAGCUGUUUUGGCCAUUUUUUUGCAAGUAGGAAAAACACCCAAACCAGAGAUGAAAAGAAUUCUUGAAGAAAUAAAUGCUAUCAAAACAAAGGUAACAAUGUUGGACUGUUUUAAUAAGAAGAUUGCUGGGAAUUCUCAGGAUGAAAAAAAUCAGGAAGCAUGACUUUGUAGUUUUCAG